AGGUGUCUUCUUUUUUUAUUCUGCUGUUACAGGAUGCCACGUAGAGGACGACGCUCCGAGGCUGCCAAGGUGAGAUGGAGGAAGCUGGAGAGUGUGCCGGUCGACGCCAAGCCUGGGACACCACCGCUCGCACCCAGCGCUUGGAACCCGACUCGGUCUCCGCCGAAGAAGAUGUCCCGACUGCUGGAGGGUAGCCCGCCCUACCAGGUGUCGCCUCCCGUGGUGCGUCAGGAGGAGCCCCGUGUGCCAUCGACCUCUCCUGGGUCACGCCGUGGGACGGGGCGUCGCCAUCGGGUGGAGACGUGGCCAGCCUCCCGGGUGACCAGACGGAGCUGCAAGUUGGUUCUGCCAACUGCCGAGGCUCUGGAGAAGAAGUUUGCUCUUUUGGUUGGUGAUUCCCAUCUGCGUGCUAUUGUGGAUGGGUAUUCUACCAUGCCAAAGGGCGACUUCUCCUUAGGGGUGCUUGCAUCCCCCGGUGCCUCUGCGGAAGAGUUGAAGCUUGAGGUGCUGGAUGCAGUUCUGCCUCGGCCCCCCGAGGUGAUCUGUCUUCUGGCCCCAAGUAACAACUUGACCGCCAGCAGGACCUUCGUGGAGGCCGGAGCGGCGUUUGACGCUUUGUUGCGUACCGUCUGCAAACUCUCUGCUAAUGUGGUCGUUGUGGACUUUCCACCGCGCCUUUGCGUGGAGGUAAGUGUGCAACAGCUGCUGCGGCAGGAGUUUCAACGUGUGGCUGCUCUGAGAAGUGUUCGGUACUUGCCUGUCACUGAACACUUCCCGUUGAGCAGCCUGGCCUUGUGGAGCAGGGAUGGCGUUCACCUGAGCGACCAUCCUGGGAUGGAGGUCCUUGCUCAGUUGCUUGAGGCGGCGGUCUGCUCGCAACUUGAGUUAAGUGCACCGAAAUCUCCUGCUCCUGUGAUGUUGGCUCCUCCCCCCCUUGGGACGGCUUCCCCCCCCCCGGUGAGACGUCCCCUGCCCCGGCUGGUUGUGGUUGGCGAGGUGGCUGCUCCGCGUCGUUCGGACCCUUUCGCCUGGACUGUGGUUCGUGGCCGUAAGGCAUCGCGCGGGGUCCAGGGUGGUGAUGGCUGUCCACACACCACUGGGAGGAUGGUUGACCAACAGGGAGACCUGCUGGAUUCUUCCAUCCCCCCGAAUCCUGUGUGGUUCAGCCCAGCGUUGCUGGAGGAGAUGGACCGGAUCGUUCCUGCGUCUGGCCUUGACGCUCCGCUACCUACAUGUUCUCCGAAGGGGAAGAAGAAGGCGAGUCCGAGGCGUCGUCCAAUUUCUGAUCCCUCCCAGCUGAAUCCGGUGGAGCGGCAGAUGGAGGGAGCGCCGAGAGAGACCACCAGCCCAGCUCGUCGCCAGGCACGGAGAACGGUCCCCCAGACGGACGUCGAGGCCCCUGCCGAGUCCUCUUCCGUGCCACUGGAGGACCAUGUCCGGGAUGGGAGCUGCCAGGUAACUCCUUCCUACCACCUCAGUCACAACAAAUGGGUGGAACAGUGCAAUGUGUUGUGGACAAAGUUGGCAUUUGUGGUUCUGUGCAUGACGGAGGUGCCAAGGAUUAUGUCACUAACAUGGGCACAAAAGCUACAAAUGGCUGUGCAAAGUGAGUUUAUAUAUUUAAAAAUUGUGUGUUUUUCCAGAUUUUCAUCUGGGCGUGCUGCUUUAUUUUUUGCUUCUGCGCUGGAACCCGGGAUCAGCGGUCCACCUGUCCUGUUGGUAAGUGCUACACAUUCCCAGGCCGACAAGAGUCUUCCGAGGCCCCGUGAGGAAGCCCAGCUUUUACAGGUGAAGCUGAAGAGAAAAACCAAGUACAAAGGGUACCAAUACUUUUACACGGUCAACAUGAAAACUGUCUUAGCUGCACUGAGAAAGCUUAAAGAGAGUCAUCCAGAUUACAAAGACGUAAGUAUAAAUGAAAGUGCCACAUUUGAGGGUUUCCAAGAGGAUCAGCCAGUUGAGGACUCAGAAGCAGAGGAGGCUGCAAUGGAUGCAGCCGCAGACCAGCAACCUGACCACAUAGGGGCAGAGCAUCAGGCACUUCGACCUGGUCUGAUCUUGGACACCUGUAUGCAGCCUCCUGACAUAGCGCAGGAAGUAUUGUCAUAUGGAGAAGGGAUUUUCAGCAUUGCGCCGGCUCAGGGGAACAAGCCCAUCUCCUUCUUCAGUGUUCCAAGACUUGAAGCCAAGGCUUAUCCUUAUGUGCUUGAUGAGUACAGCUGCAUUGAGUACAUGAUGUCCUACAUAGCCAAGCCAGAGCAUGAAAUGGCGCAGUUCCUCAAGUCUGUUGUAGAUGAUUUAAAGACGGCCAAUGUUAGCCAACGCGAUGAGAUGAAAAAGAUCAUGCAGGCUUAUUCAAAACAGAGAGAGAUGAAGACGGUGUAA